AUGGAGACGGGAGGGACGAAGGGAAGGAACUGCACUCCUGCAUGUUGACAAUUACACACUUUUUAUUCGUAUUGAACCUAUAUAUUUUAGCCAUUCAUUGAACUUAACAAUAAGUCCUAUUUAUCUCUCAUUUUAACGUGAUUUUAUGAAGAGGAGGAGGUGAACGAGAGAUGGGGGCUAUUCCAACUCAAACUUCAAAUUAUGGGACAGACACCUGCCGUGAUCAGGCGCGGCUAGCGCGCUAACAUUAGCCGUCAGAAGGGAGUCCAAAAGUUCACGCCAGCACAACAGUAGUGGCGACAGGACAAAAGAAACCUGGAUUACAAAACUUGAUGGGAAUAUUCUCAUAUUCAAUCAAUCGGAGCAAUUUAACUUUACGUGUGCUGAUGUGACUAGUUCUGGAGACGAGAGCGAGCUCUUUUAUCUGGGAUCAUGUCUGUUAACGAGCUCUUUUCUAAGUACACCCGGGUUUGGAUCCCUGAUCCAGAAGAGGUCUGGAAGUCAGCAGAAAUCAUCAAGGAUUAUAAGGAGGGAGACUCAGUCCUUCACCUCAAAUUAGAAGAUGAAUCGCCGCUAGAAUAUCCAAUUGGUCCCAAAGAAAAUCAGCUUCCAUUUCUUCGUAAUCCUGAUAUUCUGGUUGGAGAAAAUGACCUCACGGCUCUCAGCUACCUCCACGAGCCCGCUGUGCUCCACAAUCUCAAGGUCCGCUUCCUGGAGUCCAAUCACAUUUACACUUAUUGCGGGAUUGUUCUGGUGGCCAUCAACCCAUAUGCGCAGCUACAGAUCUAUGGAGAAGAAGUCAUCAAUGCAUACAGUGGCCAGAACAUGGGGGACAUGGACCCUCAUAUUUUUGCUGUGGCAGAGGAAGCAUACAAACAGAUGGCCAGAGAUGAGAAGAACCAGUCGAUAAUCGUGAGUGGAGAAUCUGGAGCUGGUAAAACCGUCUCUGCAAAGUACGCCAUGCGCUUCUUCGCCACAGUAGGGGGUUCUGCAAAUGACACCAAUGUGGAAGAGAAAGUUCUGGCCUCCAGCCCCAUUAUGGAGGCCAUUGGAAAUGCAAAAACCACUCGCAAUGACAACAGCAGCCGCUUUGGGAAAUACAUCCAGAUCGGUUUUGAUAGGAGAUAUCACAUCAUUGGUGCCAACAUGCGAACAUAUCUUCUUGAGAAGUCCAGAGUAGUUUUUCAGGCUGAGGAAGAGAGGAACUACCAUAUCUUCUACCAGCUCUGUGCCUCAUCAUCUCUAGCUGAAUUUAAAGAUCUUAACUUGACCAGCGCAGAAGAUUUCACGUACACGUCUCUUGGUGAGAACAUUUUCAUUGAAGGGGUGAAUGAUGCUGAAGACCUUGUUAAGACAAAAGAGGCUCUCACACUGCUUGGUGUGAAAGAGGGGCAUCAAAUGAGCAUCUUUAAGAUUAUGGCCUCCAUCUUGCACCUGGGGAACGUAGAGAUUGUGUCUGAGAGAGAUGGAGAAUCCUGCCAUAUCAUUAGGGAUGAUACUCACUUGAAUCAUUUCUGUCGGCUGCUGGGCAUCGAGCAGGAUCAGAUGGAGCAUUGGCUCUGCCGCAGGAAGCUGGUGACGACUGCUGAGACUUAUGUGAAAAACAUGGGACAUGCCCAGGCAGUCAACGCCCGAGACGCCCUGGCCAAACACAUCUAUGCCCACCUCUUUGACUGGAUUGUGGAGCAUAUCAAUAAGGCCCUGUACACCUCCACCAAACAACACUCAUUUAUCGGAGUGCUGGAUAUCUACGGAUUUGAAACGUUCGAGAUCAACAGUUUUGAACAGUUCUGUAUUAACUAUGCCAAUGAGAAACUACAGCAGCAGUUUAACUCGCAUGUAUUUAAACUGGAGCAAGAGGAGUAUAUGAAGGAGCUGAUCCCCUGGACACUCAUUGAUUUUUAUGAUAACCAGCCGUGCAUUGACCUCAUUGAAGCCAAGCUCGGUAUACUGGAUCUUCUCGAUGAAGAGUGUAAGGUGCCCAAAGGAACCGAUCAGAACUGGGUGCAGAAGCUGUACAGCCAGCACACACGCAGCGAGCAUUUUGAGAAGCCCAGAAUGUCCAACCGCUCCUAUAUUGUGGUCCACUUUGCGGAUAGGGUUGAGUAUCUGUGUGAUGGCUUCUUGGAGAAGAACAGAGACACUGUCUAUGAGGAACAUAUAAACAUCCUCAAAGCUAGCCAGUUCCAGUUGGUGGCGGAUCUCUUCCAGGAUGGUAAAGAUGCCACUCCAUCUUCUGCCAAACCCUCCAGGGUCAAUGUCCGGGCAGCCAAGCCCAUGCCAAAAGGCCACAACCGUGAACACAGGAAAACUGUGGGCACACAGUUCAGGAACUCUUUACAUCUUCUGAUGGAAACACUUAAUGCGACCACACCUCAUUAUGUGCGCUGCAUUAAACCCAAUGAUUUAAAGGAAGCUUUUGUAUUUGAUUCUAAAAGAGCUGUUCAGCAACUACGAGCAUGUGGAGUUCUAGAGACUAUCCGGAUCAGUGCCGCUGGAUAUCCGUCCAGAUGGACGUAUCCAGAUUUCUUCAGCAGAUAUCGGGUGCUUAUGACAAAGAAGGACAUGACCAUUGGGGAUAAGAAGCAGGUCUGUAAGAACCUGCUGGAGACUUUGAUCAAGGAUCCAGAUAAGUUCCAGUUUGGAAAGACUAAGAUUUUCUUCAGAGCAGGUCAGGUGGCUUAUCUGGAAAAGCUCAGAGCAGAUAAAUUCCGCUACGCCUGUAUUAAGAUCCAGAAGACGGUGCGAGGAUGGCUACAGAGAAAUCGCUACCGCAAGAUCUGCAAGUCUGCCAUCACUCUGCAGAGAUACGGCCGGGGUUACCUGGCACGUAGGUAUGCAGAGAUGCUUCGUCUCACCCGAGCAACACUUAUAUGUCAGAAACAAUACCGGAUGGUACGAGUUCGGCGGGAGUAUCUGAGAAUCCGUCAGGCUGUGAUCACCAUUCAGGCUUUUGCCCGGGGCAUGUUCAUACGCAGGAUAUAUCAGGAGUUCAUGCUCCAUCACAAAGCCAUGGUCAUACAGAAGACUGUCCGUGGCUGGCUCGUGAGGAAGAAGUACCUCCACUCCCGAAAUGCUGCUAUUGUCAUCCAGUGUUUCUACAGGCAGGUGCGUGCCAAGCGGCAACUAAAACAACUCAAGAUAGAGGCCCGUUCAGCCGAACACUUUAAAAAUCUCAACGUCGGAAUGGAGAACAAAAUUGUUCAGCUCCAGAAGAAGAUGGACUACAAGUCAAAGGAGUAUAAAACACAGAAUGAGCAACUGGCUGUUGCUAAUACCACUCUGGGCUCAGAAGUCAAUAAACUCCAAAAGGAAUUGGAGACCCUUCGGAUUAGGCAAACUGCUGGCAUUUCACUGCAGGAGGAGCUUGAGAGGCUAAAGGUGGAGCUCCAGGAAGCCCACACCCAGAGGAAGCAGAUUGAAGAGAAGUUCAGCAAUGAGAAACAGGGGCUCAAACAGAGGGUGGAGGAGCUGGAGAAUGAGAACACACUCUUGAAAAAGGAAAAAGAAGAGAUGAACCACAGAAUCCAGACCUCCGCUCAGGGUCAGGGAGGAGAUGUGCCUCAGAAGGAAAGCCGUCUGCAGUCUGAGCUAGAUCAGGAGAGACUGCGCUAUCAAAACCUGCUGAAAGAAUACUCCAGACUGGAGCAGAGAUAUGAUAACCUGCAAGAGGAGGUGAAGUUCCAACCUGGCCAUCGCCGAAACCCCUCUAACCAGAGCAGUCUGGGCUCAGACUCCAACUACACAUCCAUCAGCAUGUCAGAAAUUGGAGACACUGAUGACACCAUCCAGCAGGUGGAGGAAAUGGGUAUAGAGAAGGCCGCCAUGGACCUCAGUGUGUUCAUGAAGUUGCAGAAGCGAGUGCGAGAGCUGGAGCUGGAGAGGAAGAGGCUGCAGACCCACCUGGAGAAAGUGGAGGAGAUAAGCAAGCGCAAGGGUAGUGAGGCCAAGAGUUCCACGUCAGAGGACAUAAACGCGGACCUGGCCUAUAACAGUCUGAAGAGGCAAGAGUUGGAGUCUGAGAAUAAGAAGUUGAAGAAUGACCUGAAUGAGAUGAGGAAAGCGGUGGCUGACAGGGCCUUCGAGAACAACUCAUCUAAUGAGCUUCAGGAGAGCUACAACCUGCUGCUCAAUCAACUUAAGACAGCCAGCGAGGAGUUGGAUGUGCGCAAGGAGGAAGUCCUCAUGCUCAAGACCCAAAUUGUCAAAUCCACAAGCCAGACUUCCAACGAUGUAUUGGGAUGGACCAACAACAAGAAGUCCCCUGACAUGGUGGACGCUCCAGAGGCACAUGAGUCAAAGAAGCUACUGGAGGCUCAGCUACAGACACAGUCUAGACAAUACCGGGAUGAACUAGAAGCUCUCCACACACAGAUUGAACUGCUGAAAGAUAAUCUUGAGAAGAAGCAGGAGAUGCUGAACCACUUCUCCACACUCUCUCCCGAUGCUCUGGUGGAGUUCAGCGUACAGCAGGAGAUCACACGACUCACCAAUGAAAACCUGGAUCUCAAGGAACUUGUGGAGAAGUUGGAGAAGAAUGAGAAGAAGUUGAAGAAGCAGUUGAGAAUCUACAUGAAGAAAGUGCAAGAGCUGGAAGUUUCUCAGGCAAGUAAGAGCCGGCCAGAACUUACCCGCCAGGUCACUGUACAGAGGAAGGAGAAGGACUUUGAAGGCAUGCUGGAGUACUACAAAGAAGAUGAGGCCUUGCUGGUCAAGAAUUUAGUUACAGACAUGAAGCCCAAUGUUGUGUCAGCUACUGUUCCCUGCCUCCCCGCCUACAUCCUAUUUAUGUGCAUCCGCCAUGCUGACUACAUCAACGAUGACCAGAAAGUUCACUCACUCCUCACCUCAACCAUCAAUGCCAUCAAAAAGGUCCUGAAGAAAAAUAACGAUGACUUUGAGAUGACCUCCUUCUGGCUGGCCAACACCAGUCGACUACUUCACUGUCUGAAGCAGUACAGCGGGGACGAGACGUUUAUGACCCAGAACUCUGCCAAGCAAAAUGAACACUGCCUGAAAAACUUUGACCUGGCAGAGUAUCGACAGGUUCUGAGUGACCUUUCCAUCCAGAUCUAUCAGCAGCUUGUUAGAGUGGCAGAGGGUAUCAUGCAACCCAUGAUUGUAUCUUCAAUGCUUGAGAGUGAGAGCAUCCCCAGUCUGGCCGGUGUGAAACCUAUGGGCUACAGGAACCGAACGUCUAGCUUUGACUGUGAGGAUGGGGGACCGCCGGGCUACACACUGGAGGCCCUGAUUAGGCAGCUGGGACAGUUCUACACCACCAUGGCGGAUCACGGCCUGGACCCUGAGAUCGGUGAGCAGGUGGUUCGGCAGCUCUUCUACUCCAUCAAUGCAGUGACCCUCAACAACCUGCUGCUGCGCAAAGAUGUUUGCUCCUGGAGUACUGGCAUGCAGCUCAGGUACAACAUCAGUCAGCUGGAGGAAUGGCUGAGGGGAAAGAAUCUGCACCAGAGUGGAGCUAUAUCCACCAUGGAGCCUCUGAUCCAGGCUGCCCAGCUAUUGCAGGUGAAAAAGAAGACCUCCCAGGAUGCCGAAGCCAUUUGCUCACUCUGUACCGCCCUCAGUUUGCAGCAGAUUGUGAAAAUUCUGAACCUGUACACACCACUAAAUGAGUUUGAGGAGAGAGUCACUGUUUCCUUCAUCAGAGACAUACAGAAUCGUCUCCAAGAUCGGAUAGAAAUCAACCAACUCCUGGUGGACACCAAGCACACCUUCCCUGUUCUCUUCCCCUACACGCCCUCAGCACUCAGUCUGGAGACCAUACACAUCCCCGCCUCCCUCAGCCUGGACUUCCUCACACGGGUCUGAAAUCUCAAUCUCUCAGUUUCAUUCUAAAGUCUGCCGAGUCAGACCUGCAGCCUGCAGAGAGAAGCUCAGGCCCACCGCAGAUCUGCUAAACCACGUACUAACAUCACCAUACGUGUGGCUGGGAUUUACAGUAUUAGCAUUUAAUUAAGAUGCACAGUCUCACUCAACAACUAACUAUGGUGUCGAGACACUGUAGUUUCAGUGUGUUCAGUGGGGGAUUGAGUCAGGUUGGCACUUGGUGUAUAUAAGCUGUCUGCUUUUUGAAUUUCCUUGUAUGACACUCGACUCUGGUUUCCUCUGGGGUCAAUUUAAUAAACGCAAGGCUACAGGCCAUUCUUUCUGUAGAAAAGAAGUUGGAACACUAUUUGGACGGAUAUGUCUUUCACUAAUUCUUAUGAUUAAAUAACUUUAAUCAUUCAAAGCACUCACCGUGCUCUCCCAUCUAAUUAGGUGCUAAGACCUAUGUAUCAAUAUGAAAAUGCAAAAAGGUCUGCACUCUAAAAAUAUUUUAUUAUGAUCAAACUGGAGAUAAAAAAAAAAUUGUAUCUCCUGUUUGAGCUUAAUAAAAGUAUUUUUAGAAUGCAGACCUGUUUGCAUUUUCAAAUCACUUUAAUUGAUUAUAUGAGGGGUUUGGGCUUCUGAUAAAACGCUAAUGCAUGAUUUAUGUGCCAGCACAUAUAUUUAUCUGUAUUAGUAUGCACUGAUUUGUGUAUUUUAUUCCUUUUGCUUGUAUUGAUGCGCGCUCUCAUCUCAGCUGCACCAUUGACCUGUUCACAGUGAUUUUUCUUUCCUAGAUUUACUUUUAAAGUUAUUACCAGUUGCCAAGAUUCAUUCUCACAAGCUCUAGCAAAAAUAACCAGGAGAAAUCUCUGCAUUGCAGUGGAUCAGUCUCUCCAAAAUGGGCUCGGACUCUUUUAACGCUUUUUUUUCCUCUGAUGAGGAAUAAUGUUCUUUUCUUUUGGAGACACAAAUGCAGACACAUGGGGGACCUGAAUUGGUUAAAGCCUUCAAAGCAGGCCCGGUCUGGUCUUCUGAUGGACAAUGACAAGUUGAAAUAUGUGGAGCAGAGAGAGGAUGUCUGUUUAUGAGAGGAGUUUGAACUGGGAUAUUUAAUAAUCUUAACAGAAAUCAAAUGAUUGCUGUUUUUUGGGGAAUAUUGACUGUUCUGGAGGGAAAGUCAUGUGUAAGAUGAAGAAAUGUAUGUUUGAUGAUUUAUUUGGUGUACAGGAAAGAAGACGUACUAAACUCCUAUUUGACUUGUACUUUUGCACAGCUCUAUAAAUUAUUAUGUGUAAUCAAAUAGCAAUAAUCACAAGCACUGUUUACUUUUUUUUUUUUUUUUUAAAUGAGAAGAAAAAAUUAUUAUGACCAUUUUAUAAACAUCUUUAACAAUCGAUUUUACUCCCUUUUUCUAUGUUGAAAAGACUAGUUUUGCCAACAGAAUGAGCUGUUCUGCAAGAGCAGUUCAUGUCAAAAUCUGUACUUUGGUAUUGUUUCAAAGCCAUAAUCCAUCUUUACAUUUAUAUAGAUUUUUGUGUUUCCAGUUGAAUGAAACAAUGGUCUCUGGUUUCCAUUGUGCAAUGCCUGUCAAAAUUUAUACAAAGCUGUCAAAUUCACAUGUAUCGCACUAUUGCUCUCUGGAUAUCACUUUCUGGAUUAAAAUAGUUAUUUGAAUGCCAAUAAAGUAAAGCCUGUGGAUUUUCAAAGUUGAUUAAUAUGUAAAUGUUUAAAUGUUUUUGUGUCUUGAAAAUGUUGUCUUAAUUUUUUACUGCCCUCUACUGACUAUAUUUGUAACUACCCAAAUCUGUGUAGUGUAUAAUUACGGAAGCGGUUGUAUCACGAGCCAACAAAUAUAUUUUUCAUAAUUACUGCUAAUUUCACUUAACACUCAUACAGUUGAGGUAGAAAACAUGUUUGGUGUGAUUUAAAAAUGUUUAAACUGUUUUAAAAAAUAUAUGUUUGAAGUUAAAGAAUUAUCUCUAAUAUUUUGGGUGGGCUAGGGUGAGACCCAGGCCCACCCUUGGCUAUGCCACUUUUUCAGCCUAAGAUCCCGGAUCAAAUAUAUUUUACUGAAAAGUGACAGAAUCCAUCUUUUGCUGAGCCCUGAAUUAGCCAUUCAGAAUCCAGGACCAGAACUGUUUGUAAAAUAAAUGUAUUAUGUCAAAUAAUGUAUUAAUAUGCAAAAUAAAAGGCCUA